AUGUACUACAAUUAUAAAGGCACUCACAGUUUGGUAUUAAUGGCUAUCGCUGAUGCAAAUUAUCGGAUCUCAUUACUGGACAUUGGUGCACCAGGACGGCGUAGUGACGGUGGAGUAUUUUAUGCUAGCGAGAUCGGUCAGCGAUUACAAAAUGGUACGCUAACAAUUCCUCCACCAAGACCUGUGGAACUUGGUGGUCAGGAUUUACCAUUUGUUUUAGUCGGUGAUGAAGCGUUUCCGUUAACGCGAUACAUGAUGAUGCCAUAUUCUAGAAGUGGCAAGCUCAAUAGACGCAAAAAUAUAUUUAACUAUCGUUUAAGUCGAGCUCGCAGAAUCGUGGGAAAUGUAUUUGGGAUACUCUGUGCAAGAAUGCGAAUAUUUCGCAAACCGAUAAUUGCCAGCAUAUCUACUGCCAUUAGAAUAAUCAAAGCGGCAACGUGUCUACAUAAUUUCAUAAUAUCAGAGGAACUGGAGCAAUCACAUGCGGAAAGAAGAUAUAUGACAUUAAAUGCAUUUGAACGAGAAUUGCGUGUUACAGGCAUGGAAGAUGCAGGAACGUUUGAUAGAAACAGACCAACGAAAAGUAGUUCUCAAAUAAGAGAUGAUUUUGCAAAAUUUUUUGAAACCACGGGUGCGGUUCCAUGGCAGUGGGAGAAAAUUCUACAGAAUAAUUUUUAA